AUGUACUUGGGCAGGAGACAAGAGGAGGAUCCCAUUGGCUGUUACUGGGUGUGGCUCUUCACCUUGUCCAAGAUCCUGGAAUUCGGAGACACGUACUUCAUUCUUCUUCGAAAGCAGAAGCUGAUCUUCCUCCACUGGUAUCACCACGCCACCGUCCUUCUCUUCACCUGGUUCAACACGUCCCGCUCCGAGACUCCCGGCGUUUGGUUCUGCGCCAUGAACGCUGCCGUCCACACCAUCAUGUACACCUAUUACGCUCUGAGAGCCCUGAAGUUGCCCGUGCCCCGAGGGAUCAUGAUGUCCAUCACCAUCACCCAGAUCCUCCAGAUGGUUCUUGGCCUCACUCUGUGCUUCCUGGUCGUCGUUCGUCAGUGGUUGGGUCAUCCGUGCACGUUCUCGAGGGCCGUAUUCCGAGCUGCCCUUCUCAUGUACCUCAGCUACUUCCUACUCUUCCUUCAAUUCUUUUUACGCACCUACAAGCCGAAGCCGAAGCCAGUUGAGGCAGAAAAAAAGCCACCUGAGAAGGUCAACGGCCUUUGGAAGCACAAAACGACGUAG